AUGGCAAGGUAGGGGGAGGAGGGGUCCAGUUGGGUUUGGCAAUGAAGAGGGAUUGUGUGACCAACCUUGUUGCACACUGAUGGGGCUUGCCCUAGAAAUAGAGGUAAGAGAGUGUAUCAAACUCUGCUGGAGAACUUAAUGAAUUAUUGAUCUACGGUCGCGAAGACACAACGCCUAGAGAAGGCAUGGAUUGUGUGCUCUGUGUUGCAGAUGUAGAAUGUUCCAUUAUACGCUGAACAAAAAUAUAAACGCAACAUGCAACAAUUUCAAAGAUCUUACUGAGUUACAGUUCAUAUAAGGAAAUCAGUCAAUUGAAAUCAAUUCACUGACUGGGAAUACAGAUAUGCAUCUGUUGGUCACAGAUACCUUAAAAAAAGGUAGGGGCGUGGAUCAGAAAACCAGUCAGUAUCUGGUGUGACCACCAUUUACCUCGUGCAGUGCGUCACAUCUUCACAUGGAGUUGAUCAGGCUGUUGAUUGUGGCCCGUGGAAUGUUGUCCCACUCCUCUUCAAUGCUUUUGCGAAGUUGCUGGAUGUUGGCGGGAAGUGGAACACACUAUUGUACACCGAUCUAGAGCAUCCCAAACAUGCUCAAUGGGUGUCAUGUCUGGUGAGUAUGCAGGCCAGAUUUUCAUGCUAGCAGGAAUUGUGUUUAGGUCCUUGUGACAUGGGGCUGUGCAUUAUCAUGCUGAAACAUGAGGUGAUGCCUGCAGAUGAAUGGCACGACAAUGGGCCUCAGGAUCUCGUCACAGUAUCUCUGUGCAUUCAAAUUGCCAUCGAUUUAAAAUGCAAUUGUGUUCGUUGUCCGUAGCUUAUGCUUGCCCAUACCAUAACCGCACCGCCUCCGUGGGGCACUCUGUUCACAACGUUGACAUCAGCAAACCGCUCGCCCACAUGACGCCAUACACGCUGAAUGCCAUCUGCCCGGUACAGUUGAAACCGGGAUUCAUCCGUGAAGACCACACUUCUCCAGCGUGCCAGUGGCCAUCAAAGGUGAGCAUUUUCCCACUGAAGUCUUAUGACGCCAAACUGCAUUCAGGUCAAGACCCUGUUGAGGACGACAAGCACGCAGAUGAGCUUCCCUGAGACGGUUUCUGACAGUUUGUGCAGAAAUUCUUCGGUUGUGCAAACCCACAGUUUCAUCAGGCAUGUCCGGGUGGCUGGUCUCCGACGAUCCCGCAGGUGAAGAAGCCGGAUGUGGAGGUCCUGGGCUGGCGUGGUUACACGGCAUCUGUGAUUGUGAGGCAGGUUGGACGUACUGCCAAAUUCCCCAAAACGACGUUGGAGGUGGCUUAUGGUAGAGGAAUUAACAUUAAAUUCUCUAGCAACAGCUCUGGGGGACAUUCCUGCAGUCAGCAUGCCAAUUGCACACUCCCUCAACUUGAGACAUCGUGGCAUUGUGUUGUGUGACAAAACUGGACAUUUUAAAGUGGCCUUUUGUCCCCAGCGCAAGGUGCACCUGUGUAAUGAUCAUGCUGUUUAAUCAGCUUCUUGAUAUGCCACACCUGUCAGGUGGGUGGAUUAUCUUGGCAAAGGAGAAAUGCUCACUAACAGGGAUGUAAACAAAUUUGUGCAAAAAUCUGCAAGAAAUAAGCUUUUUGUGCACAUGAAACAUUUCUGGGAUCUUUUAUUUCAGCUCAUAAAACAUGCGACCAACACUUUACACGUUGCGUUUUAUAUUUUUGUUCAGAAUAGUUUGUUUCUCAUCUGAACGUUCACCUGGUUUCUAUGUGAUCGAGGGACAGUGACGCAUUGAUGUUCCACCUUAGAUUGGGUUAGGAAUUCCACAGUUGUAGACAAAGUUGUUUUCAGUAUUAUUAUGUGUGUAGGCCAAGAGUGAACUCACACAGUGUAUUUUGUCCCAAUCAGGUCAAUACCAUAUCCUGGAACGACACUGGAGAGUACAUCCUGUCAGGGUCGGACGAUACCAACCUGGUCAUCACAAACCCAUACAACAGAAAGGUAAGGAGUUACUCUGAUUUUAGUUCAGUUUAUUUAUUUACACAAAAAAGACAAGUGAAAAUUAAACAGUGCAGGUAAAAAAACAAGAUGGAGAAAGAAAAGUGUGCAGGUUAGGUUGGAAACACGAGGGCUUAUAUGAAAACCAGAGAAAAAACCAAUAUAUACAAAACAGAUUAUUCAAUCAAACAUAUACAAAUGUACUGUAUGCAGAUAAACCUUAUAUGACCUUACAUCGCCACAUCCUGUUAUUACACAGUUACAUGAUCGACCUGGGGUGAAAUUAUCCUGUUAUUACAGUUACAUGGUCGACCUGGGGUGAAAUGAUAAUGGAUUGGAUUGAUAGAUAGUGCUUUACUAGGUGCUCAUUAUAUGGAGGAGAGCUCACCUACUGAAAGAUCUUUAUCGCUGAUAAAGAUGGACAGAGAAAAAAACUGACUGAGUAGAUAUAAACCUCCCAUCAGCUUAACCAACAGUCAAAGAAAUUGGCUGGCGAGUGAUUCUGAAAAUCAUAAGUAACAAUUGCUGAUCUAACCUCUGUCUCUUGUGUUGAUAUGGAACAUGACCUUGGCCAAUUGGGUGCUUUGGAAUCUCGUUUGAUUCUUUCAGUGCCCGGCUAUGCAUCAUGUAUACCCGCUUCUAUUUUACAAUAUUUUCCAAUCACUUACACUACCGGUCAAAAGUUUUAGAACACCUACUCAUUCAAGUGUUUUUAUUUAUUUUUACCAUUUUCUACAUUGUAGAAUAAUAGUGAAGACAUCAAAACUAUGAAAUAACACAUAUGGAAUCAUGUAGUAACCAAAAAAGUGUUAAACAAAUCAAAAUAUAUUUUAUAUUUGAAAUUCUUCAAAUACCCACCCCUUGCCUUGAUGACAGCUUUGCACACUCUUUGCAUUCUCUCAACCAGCUUCAUGAGGUAGUCAUCUGGAAUGCAUUUCAAUUAACAGGUGUGCCUUCUUAAAAGUUAAUUUGUGGAAUCUCUUUCCUUAAUGUGUUUGAGCCAAUCAGUUGUGUUGUGACAAGGUAGGGGGGGGGGGUAUACAGAAUAUAGCCCUAUUUGGUAAAAGACCAAGUCCAUAUUAUGGCAAGAACAGCUCAAAUAAGCAAAGAGAAAUGACAGUCCAUCAUUACUUUAAGACAUGAAGGUCAGUCAAUACGGAACAUUUCAAGAACUUUUAAAGUUUCUUCAAGUGAAGUCGCAAAAAACAUAAAGCGCUAUGAUGAAACUGGCUCUCAUAAGGACCGCCACAGGAAUGGAAGACCCGGAGUUACCUCUGCUGCAGAGGAUACGUUCAUUCGAGUUGCCAGCCUCAGAAAUUGCAGCCCAAAUAAAAGCUUCACAGAGUACAAGUAACAGACACAUCUCAACAUAAACUGUUCAUUCGAGACUGUGUGAAUCAGGCCUUCAUUGUCGAAUUGCUGCAAAGAAACCACUACUAAAGGACACCAAUAAUAAGAAGAGACUUGCUUGGGCCAAGAAACACGAGCAAUAGACAUUAGACCGGUGGAAAUUUGUCCUUUGGUCUGGAGUCCAAAUUGGAAAUUUUUGGUUCCAACUGCCAUGUCUUUGUGAGACGCGGUGUGGGUGAACGGAUGAUCUCCGCAUGUGUGGUUCCCACCGUAAAGCAUGGAGGAGGAGGUGUUAUGGUGUGGGGGUGCUUUGCUGGUGACACUGUCUGUGAUUUAUUUAGAAUUCAAGGAACACUUAACCAGCAUGGCUACCACAGCAUUCUCCAACAAUGCACCAUCCCAUCUGGUUUUGUCUUAGUGGGACUAUCAUUUGUUUUUCAACAGGACAAUGACCCAACACACCUCCAGGCUGUGUAAGGGCUAUUUUACCAAGAAGAAGAGUGAUUGAGUGCUGCAUCAGAUGACCUGGCCUCCACAAUCACCCGACCUCAACCCAAUUGAGAUGGUUUGGGAUGAGUUGGAAAAGCAGCCAACAAGUGCUCAGCAUAUGUGGGAACUCCUUCAAGACUGUUGUAAAAGCAUUCCAGGUGAAGCUGGUUGAGAGAAUGCCAAGGGUGUGCAAAGCUGUCAUCAAGGAAAAGGGUGGCUAUUUGAAGAAUUUGUUUCACACUUUUUUGGUUACUACAUGAUUCCAUAUGUGUUAUUUCAUAGUUUUGAUGUCUUCACUAUUAUUCUACAAUGUAGAAAAUAGUAAAAAUAAAGAAAAACCCUUUUUUUGGAAUUUAGCCAGGACACCAGGGUUAAUGAGUAGGUGUUCUAGGUGUUCUAAAACUUUUGACCGGUAGUGUAUAUUUGGUAAGCAUCUCAGUCAGCAGCAUACCACCCUGCAUCCCGCUGCUGGCUUGCCUCUGAAGCUAAGCAGGGUUGGUCCUAGAUGGAAGACUGGGUGCUGCUGUAAGUGGUGUUGGAGGGCCAGCAGGAGGCACUCUUUCAGGGCAGUGAUUGGGGACAUUGCCCUGUGUAGGGUGCAGUCUUUCGGAUGGGACGUUAAACCGGUGUCCUGACUCUGUGGUCAGUAAAGAUCCCAUGGCACAUCGUAAGAGUAGGGGUGUUAACCCUGGUGUCCAUACAUUUACAUUUACAUUUUACAUUUUAGUCAUUUAGCAGACGCUCUUAACCAGAGCGACUUACAGGAGCAAUUAGGGUUAAGUGCCUUGCUCAAGGGCACAUUAACGUCAUUUAGCAGACGCUCUUAGCCAGAGCGACUCACAAAUUGGUGCGUUCACCCUAUAGCCAGUGGGAUAACCACUUUACAAUUUGGGGGGGGGUUAGAAGGAAUACUUUAGCCUAUCCCAGGUAUUCCUUAAAGAGGUGGGGUUUCAAAUGUCUCCGGAAGGUGGUGAGUGACUCCGCUGUCCUGGCGUCGUGAGGGAGCUUGUUCCACCAUUGGGGUGCCAGAGCAGCGAACAGUUUUGACUGGGCUGAGGGGGAGCUGUGCUUCCGCAGAGGAAGGGGAGCCAGCAGGCCAGAGGUGGAUGAACGCAAUGUCCUCGUUUGGGUGUAGGGACUGAUCAGAGCCUGAAGGUACAGGGGUGCCGUUCCCCUCACUGCUCCAAAGGCAAGCACCAUGGUCUUGUAGCGGAUGCGAGCUUCAAUUGGAAGCCAGUGGAGUGUGCGGAGGAGGGGGGGUGACGUGAGAGAACUUGGGAAGGUUGAACACCAGACGGGCUGCGGCAUUCUGGAUGAGUUGUAGGGGUUUAAUGGCACAGGCAGGGAGCCCAGCCAACAGCGAGUUGCAGUAGUCCAGACGGGAGAUGACAAGUGCCUGGACCAGGACCUGCGCCGCUUCCUGUGUAAGGCAGGGUCGCACUCUCCGAAUGUUGUAGAGCAUGAACCUGCAGGAGCGGGUCACCGCCUUGAUGUUGGCGGAGAACGACAGGGUGUUGUCCAGGGUCACGCCUAGGCUCUUCGCACUCUGGGAGGAGGACACAGCGGAGUUGUCUACCGUGAUGGCGAGAUCAUGGAACGGGCAGUCCUUCCCGGGGAGGAAGAGCAGCUCCGUCUUGCCAGGGUUCAGCUUGAGGUGGUGAUCCGUCAUCCAUACUGAUAUGUCUGCCAGACAUGCAGAGAUGCGAUUCGCCACCUGGUGAUCAGAAGGGGGAAAGGAGAAGAUUAGUUGUGUAUCGUCAGCGUAGCAAUGAUAGGAAAGGCCAUGUGAGGAUAUGACAGAGCCAAGUGACUUGGUGUAUAGGGAGAAAAGGAGAGGGCCCAAAACCGAUCCCUGGGGGACACCAGUGGUGAGAGCACGUGGUGCGGAGACAGCUUCCCGCCACGCCACUUGGUAGGAGCGACCGGUCAGGUAGGACGCAAUCCAGGAGUGAGCCGCGCCGGAGAUGCCCAUUUCGGAGAGGGUGGAGAGGAGGAUCUGAUGGUUCACAGUAUCAAAGGCAGCAGACAGAUCUAGAAGGACAAGAGCAGAGGAGAGAGAGUUAGCUUUAGCAGUGCGGAGAGUCUCUGUGACACAGAGAAGAGCAGUCUCAGUUGAAUGACCAGUCCUGAAACCUGAUUGGUUUGGAUCAAGAAGGUCAUUCUGAGAGAGAUAGCAAGAGAGUUGGCUAAAGACGGCACGCUCAAUAGUUUUGGAAAGAAAAGAAAGAAGGGAUACUGGUCUGUAGUUGUUGACAUCAGUGGGGUCGAGUGUUGGUUUUUUGAGAAGGGGAGUAACUCUCGCUCUCUUGAAGACGGAAGGGACAUGGCCAGCGGUCAAGGAUGAGUUGAUCAGCGAGGUGAGGUAGGGGAGAAGGUCACCGGAGAUGGUCUGGAGAAGGGAGGAGGGGAUGGGGUCAAGCGGGCAGGUUGUUGGGCGGCCUGCAGUCACAAGUCGCAGGAUCUUAUCUGGAGAGAGAGGGGAGAAAGAAGUCAAAGCAUAGGGUAGGGCAGUGUGAGCAGGACCAGCAGUGUCAUUAGGCUUAACAAACAAGGAUCGGAUGUCGUCAACCUUCUUUUCAAAGUGGUUGACGAAGUCAUCCACAGAGAGAGAGGAGGGGGGGAGGGGGGGGGGGAGGAUUCAGGAGGGAGGAAAAUGUGGCAAAGAGCUUCCUAGGGUUAGAGGCAGAUGCUUGGAAUUUAGAGUGGUAGAAGGUGGCCUUAGCAGCAGAAACAGAUGAAGAAAAUGUAGAGAGGAGGGAGUGAAAAGAUGCCAGGUCGGCAGGGAAUUUAGUUUUCUUCCAUUUCCGCUCCGCUGCCCGGAGCUCUGUUCUGUGAGCUCGCAAUGAGUCAUCAAGCCACGGAGCUGGAGGGGAGGACCGAGCCGGCCGUGAGGAUAGGGGACACAGAGAGUCAAAGGAUGCAGAAAGGGAGGAGAGGAGGGUUGAGGAGGCAGAAUCAGGAGAUUGGAGGGAGAAGGAUUGAGCAGAGGGAAGAGAUGAUAGGAUGGAAGAGGAGAGAGUAGUGGGAGAGAGAGAGCGAAGGUUGCGGCGGCGCAUUACCAUCUGUGUAGGGGCGGAGUGAGUAGUGUGGGAGGAGAGUGAGAGAGAAAAGGAAACAAAGUAGUGGUCGGAGACUUGGAGGGGAGUUGCAGUGAGAUUAGUAGAGGAGCAGCAUCUAGUGAAGAUGAGGUCAAGCGUAUUGCCUGCCUUGUGAGUAGGGGGGGACGGUGAGAGGGUGAGGUCAAAAGAGGAGAGGAGUGGAAAGAAGGAGGCAGAGAGAAAUGAGUCAAAUGUGGACAUAGGGAGGUUGAAAUCCCCCAAAACUGUGAGGGGUGAGCCAUCCUCAGGGAAGGAACUUAUCAAGGCGUCAAGCUCAUUGAUGAACUCUCCAAGGGAACCUGGAGGGCGAUAGAUGACAAGGAUAUUAAGCUUAAAUGGGCUAGUGACUGUGACAGCAUGGAAUUCAAAUGAGGAGAUAGACAGAUGGGUUAGGGGAAAAAUUGAGAAUGUCCACUUGGGAGAGAUGAGGAUUCCUGUACCACCACCCCUCUGACCAGAUGCUCUCGGGGUAUGCGAGAACACAUGGUCAGACGAGGAGAGAGCAGUAGGAGUAGCGGUGUUUUCAGUGGUGAUCCAUGUUUCCGUCAGCGCCAGGAAGUCGAGGGACUGGAGGUUGGCAUAGGCUGGGAUGAAGUCAGCUUUGUUGGCAGCAGAACGGCAGUUCCAGAGGCUGCCUGCGACCUGGAACUCCACGUGGGUGGUGCGUGCAGGGACCACCAAAUUGGAGAGGCAGCAGCCACGCGGUGUGGUGCGUUUGUGUAGCCUGUGCAGAGAGGAGAGAACAGGGAUAGGCAGAGGCAUAGUUGACAGGCUGUAGCAAAUGGCUACAAAAAUGCAGAGGAGAUCGGAAUGAAAUGGGCUAAGCAUCUGGGAGUGGAGAGAGCAGGGCCUCCCUCACCAAAUCUUCUAGCUCGGAAACUAAAAUUGUUUCACUGAACCACCCGAACAAAAACUCUCCCAACUUCCGCCUUUGGAAAUCAGAAUUGUUGUGAACCACAGCGGUUCAAUGUUUAAAGGAGUAGACUCAACCCACUUUGUUCAGCUAGCCAACUAUGACUCCAUAGCCAACUAGCAGACUAGCAUCCAAUAACAAUAACACACCGUUUAGCGCCAACACUUGGUCACAACAAACCACCAAUAUUGUGAUAUCACACUAAACAGAUCAUUCGUGUCUGUGUCAAGUUCCUUAUAUGACGCAGCAAUGAUUAGACGUUGGCUAGCUAGGACAAGUAAAUUGUGGUUAACUACUACAGUACAGCCAAAUGGUCAUGUUGGGUAGCUAGCAAUGGCCACUGUGUCGACUCUGUUUGAAGAACGGCUAGCUAGCUAGCUUCGUGCUACAGCUGGCACGGCCGAGGACACUGCCAAGACACAGUAACUACCCACAACAACCCACGAAGCCUAGCUAUGACGCCGUAGCCAACCUGCAAGCUAGCAUCCAUUAACACACAACUUAGCAUCAACACCUGGGCACAACAAACUGCCAAGAGUGUGUCAGCACACCAAACAGACAAUUCAAGUCCGUGUCGAGUUCCCUUCACAACGCAGCAAAAAAAAAAAAUAAUAAUAAUAAUAAUAAUAAUAAUUAAACGUUGGAACCAGCUCUCCAGCGUUGCUAAUCGUUACCAAUAGCUACCCGCUAGCUAGCUAGCCUCGUGCCUCGAUACUAGUCCACAAUUACCUAUGGAAAGCUACUACAACCACAAUACUAACCUACAAUAAAUUCAAUACCUAACUACAGCUAGCUACCUACCUACGAUCUAAUACAUGGUUAAGCAAAAGUUAAACGUUGGGUAGGAGUACAUUACCGUUGGAACCAGCUCUCCAGCGUUGCUAAUCGUUACCAAUAGCUACCCGCUAGCUAGCUAGCCUCAUGCCUCGAAACUAACCCACAAAUUACCCACGGAAAGCUACAAUAACAACAAUACUAACCUACAAUAAAUACAAUACCUAACUACAGCUAACUACCUACCUACGAUCUAAUACAUGGUUAAGCUUUACUCAACACUACAUGUAACUUACCUACUUACCUACUUACCUCCAGCCAGAGAAAAACACGUCCUCUCCCGUCAGCUGCAGCAUACUUCAUAGAUUUAAUAGAAAAAGCCACCUAAUCAUGGCCACCUAAUCAUCCCCAGCUUCCAAUUGGCUCAUUGAUUUCCUCUCACCUGUAACUAUUCCCCUGGUCGUUGCUGUAAAUGAGAAUGCUCUCAGUCAAUUUACCUGGUAAAAUAAGGGCAAAAAAAGAACAAGUCGGACACAGAUCAACUGACCAGAAUGUUUUUUCGGGAUUGAGUUGACGAAGCAUGGGAGAGUAGAACCAAGGUCUCCCUUUUUAGUCAGAAGAGGGAGCAACUCAUCCCAGUAGUCUUCAAUGCAGAUGAGGAGGAUACCAGGAGAGGGAGCCACUUAAGACUAUUGGGACGCACCUAUAGAACCGAGCCAACCCACACACACACACACUCUCACACACACACAUACACACAUACACACCACUGCAACUUGCUACACGCUCUCCUCUCUGAAACUCUCCUCAGGUCAAGGCAACCAUACGGUCGGGUCACCGGGCGAACAUCUUCAGUGCUAAGUUCAUGCCUCAGACCAGUGACCAGCAGAUCAUCUCGUGCUCUGGGGACGGUAUCAUCUACUACACCCACACAGAGAAGAGCCCUGACAUCAACAGGCAGUGCCAGUUCACCUGCCACUAUGGAACAGCCUACGAGGUACUGUACACAAGGGUUUCUCAACUUGUUGGAACUAUAUCUUUUUGUGUGGCAGGUGAAAUAAGUUGAGGGGAGCUACCCAAAUGUUAAUUUCUUUCACAUUUUCCUUUUUCAUCUUCUCCCUCCCUUUUCAUUUCCUCUGCCACCGCCCUCUUUCCCUUCACCUCGUGCUGCUCCUUCCUCCUGUUCUCCUUAUAGAUUAUGACGGUACCCAACGACCCCUACACGUUCCUGUCGUGUGGGGAGGACGGCACCGUGCGCUGGUUCGACCUGCGCACGAAGACCAGCUGUACUAAAGAGGACUGCAAAGACGUAAGGAAGGAGAGAAAUAAAUCAACGUUUUAUUUUUCUAAAUCUACAUUUGUAUUUGAUUUUGAACAUAGAACCUUCAAAGAACAACAAUCAAGACUUUUCUCUUACUUUUGAUCUAUUAUUUGGCCUCUUGUGUUUAAUGUCAGCAUAUUCUGCUUAUUUUAUAUUCUUGUUUUUAAAUCAUAUAUCACACCUCUUUCCAGAUCUCCAGAUUAUUAUUAUUUUUGCCCACGGUGGUGGUGUUUACUGUCUCUCCCUCUCACCAGGACAUCCUGAUUAACUGUCGACGGGCGGCGACGUCUAUUUCCAUCAGUCCGCUGGUGCCCUAUUACCUGGCGGUGGGCUGCUCCGACAGUUCCGUACGCAUCUACGACAGACGCAUGCUGGGCACCAGGGCUACGGGUAACAACCAUCUCUGUCCUCUCAUGGAGCUCUCCCACUCUGUUUACCGCUCUGCGUGUCUGUCUGUCUUUGUUGUCCAUCUCUGUCCUCUCAUGUAGCUCUCCCACUCUGUUUACCGCUCUGCGUGUCUGUCUGUCUUUGUUGUCCAUCUCUGUCCUCUCAUGUAGCUCUCCCACUCUGUUUACCGCUCUGUGUGUCUGUCUGUCUUUGUUGUCCAUCUCUGUCUGUCUGAAUUCCGAUCAGUAGAUAUAGUGGUCUCCAGAAGUAUUGGGACAGUGCCACAUUUUUUGUUUUGGCUCUGUACUCCAGCACUUUGGAUUUGAAAUUAUAUUAAUGACUAUGAGGUUAAAGUGCAGACUGUCAGCUUUAAUUUGAGGGUAUUGUCAUCCAUAUCGGGUGAAUGUUUAGACAUUUUGUACAUAGUCCCUACGUUUUAGGGGACCAAAAGUAUUGGGACAAAUUCACUUGUGUGUGUUAAAAUAGUCAAAAUUGUAGUAUUUGGUCCCAUAUUCCUAGCACGCAAUGAUUACAUCAAGCUUGAGACUCUACAAAGUUGUUGGAUGCAUUUGCUGUUUUAUUUGGUUGUGUUUCAGAUUAUUUUGUGCCCAAUAGAAAUUAAUGGUAAAUAAUGUAUUGAGCCAUUUUGGAGUCACUUUUAUUGUAAAUAAGAAAACAAUAUGUUUCUAAACACUUCUACAUUAAUGUGGAUGCUACCAUGAAUACAGACCGUCCUGGAUGAAUCAUGAAUAAUGAAGAGUGAGAAAGUUAGACUCAUAAUUAUCAUACCCCCCAAAAAAUGUUAGCCUCCCCUGUUAUUGUAAUGUUGAGAGGUUAGCAUGUCAUGGGGGUAUGAUAUUUGUGCGUCUCUAACUUUCUCGCUCAUCAUUAUUGACACUUCAUUCAGGACUAUCCGUAAUCAUGGUAGCAUCCACAUUAAUGUAGAAGUGUUUAGAAACAUAUUCUAUUCUUAUUUACAAUACAAUUGACUCCAAAAUGACACAAUACAUUAUUUACCGUUCAUUUCUAUUGGGCACAAAAUAAUCUGAAAAACAACCAAAACAAACAGCAAAUUCAUCCAACAUGUUUGUAGAGUCACAAGCUUGAUGUAGUCAUUGUGUGCUAUGAAUAUGGGACAAAAUACUUAACUUUUUACUACUUUAAUGCACAUAAGUGAAUUUGUCCCAAUACGUUUGGUCCCCAUGUUUAGGGGACUAUGUACAAAAAGUGCUGUAAUUUCUAAACGGUUCACUCGAUAGAAAUGUGUCACUGUCCCAAUACUUUUGGAGCUCGCUGUAUUUGAUGGACUGGAAGAUCAGUUAGUCGACAGGAAGAAAUCCCCUGUCGUUAUGUAUUCUUCUCUCAAUGCAUCCAUGCUCCUAUCCACUCUGCUGUUAGGAAUGUGCAAUGAGCCAUACUACUGGACAGUACUAUCCGUCCAUCGCCUGCCGCUGCUGUUCACUUGCCCCUAUUCCAGAGAGCAUCAGGACUCUGUGGCAGCCGGGUCUUUGGGUUGACAGACCAGGGCAAUGAACCAGAUGCUGUCCUCUUCGUCUGUCUCUAGUCUCUGUGCUGCCAUCGCCCUGUGGGCCAGAGAAAGAUGAAUGUCUGUUCCAUUAAACCCCCCACAGAGUCUAUAGACAGUCUAGAUGGCUGGGCUGUAUCUGUCCGACAUCAUUGUGGAAGACAGACAGGAUCUAGGAUCAGUUCGUCCUACCCAAGCUCUGAACAUAACCAUUGGGGAAGAAUAAUGCAAAACUGACCUUGGAUCAGAGUCUGGAGAGUUACGCCACUACUGACAUCGUGUUUCACUUAACUCUGCUCCAUGUCAUUCCCCAUUGCUUGCCUUUGACUGUCUCACUAAAUUCUUUCCCCCCACCCCUCCCUCAGGGAACUACAUGGGCCGUGGAACGACGGGCAUGUGUGUGCGCUUCGUUCCGGCCCACCUGUCCAACAAGUCGUGUCGUGUGACGUCGCUGUGCUACAGCGGGGAUGGGCAGGAGGUGCUGGUCAGCUACUCUUCAGACUAUGUCUACCUGUUUGACCCCAAUAAUGACCAGGCCCGAGAGCUGAAGGGUCCGUCCGAGGAGAGGAGGGAGGAGGUGAGGAGAGGGCGGAAGAGGCGCCGCCAUUUUGAUUUGAGCUAAUUAUGAGGUGUAUGUUUCUUUAUGCAAAUUUGAAUUUAGCAAUUUGGUUUGGACAGUUCUCCAUAAACAAAAUAGAUUUACACUGUUGUGUGCAUAUCAUCAAUUAUCCUUGUCAUUGUGCAUAAUUGCAGUGUCGGGCCUGAGUAUAGCUGGUUGAGUCUGUUACUGUUAGUUGGGUACCAUCUGUGAUGCGGUACAGUGAAACGGACGGCAGGCAGGCAGGGUGAGGGCUGAGCACUGAGAGCCACACAGAGAUCCACACUGCUGCAGUGCGAACAGGCUUCAGGGGAUCACAGGGAGAAGACUACUGCACACACAGUCAGGCUAGGAUAUGUGUGCGUGCGCUGUGUAUGCCCCUCUGUGAAAGUCUGUGUAUACCAGGGGAGAACGACUGCCCCCUCUCAUUGAAGCCGCGGAAGAUCAAGGCCAACCGCAGUACUCAGGCAUUUUUAGCAGAUAACAGGACCCCCCCCCAUUAUAGUGAAUGGUGGUCUUCGUGGUCAAUCUUGGUGUAAAUAAAACAACGUUUUGAAGACAAUCAUGGUACCAAUAAUUGCUUCUAAUACACCAGAUGUAUGUCCUUGAACCGAUUUAUCGCACACAUAAUAAGUUAUAAGGAUAAUUUAGUUGAUAGUGGCAGCCUGCAGUACCUCGGUUGGCCUUCAAAUUAGUUACUCAAUGAGAAGGGGGCAGCACUGAGCUAUCCUGCAACGUCACUUCCUGGAGAAGCUCAAAUUAUAGCUCCGUGAGCUCAAACUUAACUGACUUCAUUUGGCUUAAGUGAGCUAUUGAGUCUUCAUAGGAAUGAAUGGUGUCACGUGAGCAAUGGCUUUGUCCAUUCAAAUAUACAAUCAUUGGUGUAUAUGUACUUCAGUGUUUUUCCACACUCUGUGUGUAUUAAAAACAUUAAAGGUCCAUUACAUGAGUGAUUGUGGGAUUUUAUCAUGGUACCAUGUUUAUUGUCCAUAUGGGACUUUGCUGGGAGCAUAAACACACAGAUGGCCAGACAGAAAUACACUCUCAAGCCAAGGGGAUGUUGAUUGUAAACAGACAGAGCUGGCUUUGUGUUGAGCGGCUCUCACAACUAAAGUGCUCUCAGGGCAUCUCCUGUUAAAGCGUUGUGUGGUGGAAGCGCUCUCAGGGCAUCUCCUGUUAAAGCGUUGUGUGGUGGAAGCGCUCUCAGGGCAUCUCCUGUUAAAGCGUUGUGUGGUGGAAGCGCUCUCAGGGCAUCUCCUGUUAAAGCGUUGUGUGGUGGAAGCGCUCUCAGGGCAUCUCCUGUUAAAGGGAGGGGGGGGGGGGGGGGGGUGUGUAAGAAAUGUGCUGGAUCACCUCAGCUGUUGGAUAGUGUGUUCAGCUGUGCCUGGAUUCACCCAGCUCUGUCUCCCACAUGCCUUUCCAAAUACAGUGCCCGGCGCAGGCAAUUUUCCACCACCCACCCCACCAAAAUAGACCAGGACGGGGACUGUAGGGCCUGCCAAGGAGUUUACCUCUUUCUCUCUCUCUUCUGGACCCUCCCUCGCUCUCACCCAUCUCUCUUCCUCCUUUAACCAUCAUCUUGUUACUCCUGCGACCCUACUUGAGCUCGGUUCGCGUUCCCCUUCAGCCCUCUCACCCUCUCACCUCCACCUGUCUCUCUCUCCUUAGCUCCCCUCUGCUUUUUACCCUCUCACCUCCACCUGUCUCUCUCUCCUUAGCUCCCCUCUGCUUUUUACCCUCUCACCUCCACCUGUCUCUCUCUCCUUAGCUCCCCUCUGCUUUUUACCCUCUCACCUCCACCUGUCUCUCUCUCCUUAGCUCCCCUCUGCUUUUUACCCUCUCACCUCCACCUGUCUCUCUCUCCUUAGCUCCCCUCUGCUUUUUACCCUCUCACCUCCACCUGUCUCUCUCUCCUUAGCUCCCCUCUGCUUUUUAACCCUCUCACCUCCACCUGUCUCUCUCUCACCUCCACCUGUCUCUCUCUCACCUCCACCUGUCUCUCUCUCCAUGCAGUUGUCAUUUUCUAUCUCUGGUCUCAGUGGAAGUUGUUCUCAUUCUGUUCCACAUUCUCACUCUCUCUCUCUCGCCACUGAAGCUGGCUGUCCCCCUCUCUCUCUGUCCCCAGGGGAGGAGCAGAGGCACCUGUGUUGGGUGACCAGGUCCCUGGCUCUAGGCCUGUUGUCCUGUGUGUUGGAGACGGCCAGAGGAAAGUGAAUCCCCCACCUGUAGUGCAGAGAGAGGAGUGUUUGGGGGGGGGGGGGGGGUCUAAGUAGGACAGUAACAGGUACUGUGCCAUGUUUUGCUUGGCAGUGGGGCUAUUUUUAACUGUGCUUAGACUUGACUGCAUGUUCAUGUUUUGUGUGUAUGUCCUCAGCUGCGUCAACCCCCAGUGAAGCGUCUUCGUCUACGAGGUGACUGGUCUGACACCGGUCCCCGAGCUCGCCCUGAGAGCGAGAGAGAGCGGGACGGUAAGAGUACACAGAAUCACGCUUACAACACACACACACACACACACACACACACACACAUUUUCUCUCUUACUCCCUUCUCUAUCGCCUCCUGUCUCUCUCCCUCUCCUUCCAAAUGCCAAUUUCAAUUCCAUUAGGCUUUAUUGGUAUGAACACAUAAGAAAAACAAUAACACACACUCUCGCUCACGCUCUCUCACACUCACGCUUUCACUCACUCACUCACUCACUCACUCACUCUCACUCACUCACUCACUCACUCACUCACUCACACACACACACACACACACAUAUAUAUAUAUAUAUAUAUAUAUAUAUAUAUAUAUAUAUUUUUUUUUUUGUUCAAAAAUUCAAGCAGCUCGGCUUUGUUUGAUGGCUUGUGACCAUCCAUCUUCCUCUUGAUCACAUUCCAGAAGUUUUCAAUGGGGUUCAGGUCUGGAGAUUGGGCUGGCCAUGACAGGGUCUUGAUCUGGUGGUCCUCCAUCCACACCUUGAUUGACCUGGCUGUGUGGCAUGGCACAUUGUCCUGCUGGAAAAACCAAUCCUCAGAGUUGGAACAAUGUCAGAGCAAAAGGAAGCAAGUUUUGGCUUGAUUCAUGCGUCCUUCACAAAUACAAAUCUGCCCGAUUCCAGCCUUGCUGAAGCACCCCCAGAUCAUCACCGAUCCUCCACUAAAUUUCACAGUGGGUGCGAGACACUGUGGCUUGUAGGCCUCUCCAGGUCUCCGUCUAAACAUUAGACGACCAGGUGUUGGGCAAAGCUGAAAAUUGGACUCAUCAGAGAAGAUGACCUUCCUCCAGUCCUCUACGGUCCAAUCCUUAUGGUCUUUUGCAAACCUCAGCCUGGCUCUUCUUUGCUUCUCAUUGAUGAAGGGCUUUUUUCUAGCUUUGCACGACUUCAGCCCUGCCCCUAGGAGCCUGUUUCGAACCGUCCUCGCCGUGCACUUCACCCCAGCUGCCGUUUGCCAUUCUUUUUGUAGGUCACUUGAUGUCAUCCUACGGUUGUUGAGUGACAUUCGAAUGAGUUGGCGGUCAUCCCGGUCAGUAGAGAGUCGUUUUCGCCCUCUGCCGGUCUGUAGCUUUGUUGUCCCCAAUGUCUGCUGGUUGACCUUGUUCUUAUGAACCGCUGUCUUUGACAUUUUAAGGAUGGAAGCAACCUGACGCUCACUGUAUCCCUCUGCCAGUAAAGCCAGAAUUGAACCCUUCUUUUCCUCAAUCAAAACUUUCCUUUUCAACUCUUGGGCAAUAGUAAUUUUUUUGAUUAAUAUUACUUUUGAGGUACUAUUAGCACUGUUUUUGCCAUCCUGCUGGUCCUAUUGCAAGAAGAUAGUGAUGACCACAGCACUGGUUUUUAUACUUUUCCUCGUUAAAUAAGAUUUGGUUCAUGUGAUCACCUAAUCAGUACCUAAUUCAGUAGAAUGAGGUGUGCCUGUGUUGGAAUUCAACAGACACUGGAAUGGAAUGGCUGUCAUACAUGUAGAGAUGCUGAUUUAAGAACAAUUUGCAGCGGUCUCUUAAUUUUUUCCACGUGUGUGUGUGUGAGAGAGAGCGUGUGUUAUUGUUCCAACUUCAACUAUCUAUAUAUAUAUAUAUACACACACAGUUGAAGUUGGAAGUUUACAUACACUUAGGUUGGAGUCAUUAAAACUCAUUUGUCAACCACACUUUAGUUUUUGUAAAUCGGUUAUGACAUCUACUUUGUGCAUGACACAAGUAAUUUUUCCAACAAUUGUUUACGGACAGAUUAUUUCACUUAUAAUUCACUAUCAUAUAAUUCCAGUAGGUCAGAAGUUUACAUGCACAAAGUUGACUGUGCCUUUAAACAGCUUGGAAAAUUCCUGAAAAUUAUGUCAUUACUUUAGAAGCUUAUGAUUGGCUAAUUUACAUAAUUUGAGUCAAUUGGAGGUGUACCUGUGGAUGUAGUUCAAGGCCUACCUUCAAACUCUGCCUUUGCUUGACAUCAUGGGAAAAUCAAAAGAAAUCAGCCAAAGAAAAAGCCAUAUCUCAGACUGGCCAAUAAAAAGAAAAUAUAAUGUAUUUUUCUUUGCAACUCUGCCUAGAAGGUCAGCAUCCCAGAGUCGCCUCUUCACUGUUGACGUUGAGACUGGUGUUUUGCGGGUACUAUUUAAUGAAGCUGCCAGUUGAGGACCUGUAAGGCGCCUGUUUCUCAAACUAGACACUAAUGUAUUUGUCCUCUUGCUCAGUUGUGCCUCCUACUCCUCUUUCUAUUCUGAUUAGAGCCAGUUUGCGCUGUUCUGUGAAGUGAGUAGUACACAGCGUUGGAUGAGAUCUUCAGUUUCUUGGCAAUUUCUCGCAUAGAAUAGCCUUCAUUUCUCAGAACAAGAAUAGACUGACGAGUUUCAGAAGAAAGUUAUUUGUUUCUGGCCAUUUUGAGCCUGUAAUAAAACCCACAAUUGCUGAUGCUCCAGAUACUCAACUAGUCUCAAGAAGGCCAGUUUUAUUGCUUCUUUAAUCAGCACAACCGUUUUCAGCUGUGCUAACAUAAUUGCAAAAGGGUUUUAUAAUGAUAAACUUGGAUUAGCAAACACAACGUGCCAUUGGAACACAGGACUGAUGGUUGCUGAUAAUGGGCCUCUGUACGCCUAUGUAGAUAUUCCAUUAAAAAUAAGCCGUUUCCAGCUACAAUAGCCAUUUACGACAUUAACAAUGUCUGCACUGUAUUUCUGAUCAAUUUGGAGAAAAAAAAGUUUUUCUUUCGAAAACAAGGAAAUUUCUAAGUGACCCCAAACUUUUGAACGGUAGUGUACAUACAUACACACACUCUCACACUCACUACCGGUCAAAAGUUUUAGAACACCUACUCAUUCAAGGUUUUUUCUUUUAUGUUGACUAUUUUCUACAUUGUAGAAUAAUAGUGAAAACAUCAAAACUAUGAAAUAACACAUAUAGAAUCAUUUACAUUUACGUCAUUUAGCAGACACUCUUAUCCAGAGCGACUUACAUGUAGUAACCAAAAAAGUGUUAAACAAAUCAAAAUAUAUUUUGUAUUUGAGGUUCUUCAAAUUGCCACCCUUUGCCUUGAUGACAGCUUUGCACACUCUUGGCAUUCUCUCAACCAGCUUCAUGAGGUAGUCACCUGGAAUGCAUUUCAAUUAACAGGUGUGCCUUCUUAAAAGUUAAUUUGUGGAAUUUCUUUCCUUCUUAAUGCGUUUGAACCAAUCAGUUGUGUUGUGACAAGGUAGGGGGGGUAUACAGAAGAUAACUCUAUUUGGUAAAAGACCAAGUCCAUAUUAUGGCAAGAACAGCUCAAAUAAGCAAAGAGAAACGACAGUCCAUCAUUACUUUAAGACAUGAAGGUCAGUCAAUACGGAACAUUUCAAGAACUUAGAAAGUUUCUUCAAGUGAAGUCGCAAAAAACAUCAAGCGCUUUGAUGAAACUGGCUCUCAUGAGGACCGCCACAGGAAUGGAAGACCCAGAGUUACCUCUGCUGCAGAGGAUAAUUUCAUUAGAGUUACCAGCCUCAGAAAUUGCAGCCCAAAUAAAUUCUUCACAGAGUUCAAGUAACAGACACAUCUCAACAUCAACUGUUCAGUGGAGGCUGUGUGAAUCAGGCCUUCAUGGUCGAAUUGCUGCAAAGAAACCACUACUAAAGGACACCAAUAAUAAGAAGAGACUUGCUUGGGCCAAGACACACGAGCAAUGGACAUUAGACCGGUGGAAAUGUGUCCUUUGGUCUGGAGUCCAAAUUGGAGAUCUCUGCAUGUUUUUCAACAGGACAAUGACCCACCACACCUCCAGGCUGUGUAAGGGCUAUUUUACCAAGAAGGAGAGUGAUGGAGUGCUGCAUCAGAUGAUCUGGCCUCCACGAUCACCCAACCUCAACCCAAUUGAGAUGGUUUGGGAUGAGUUGGACCGCAGCGUGAAGGAAAAGCAGCCAACAAGUGCUCAGCAUAUGUGGGAACUCGAGACUGUUGGAAAAGCAUUCCAGGUGAAGCUGGUUGAGAGAAUGCCAAGAGUGUGCAAAACUGUCAUCAAGGCAAAGGGUGGCUACUUUGAAGAAUCUCAAAUGUAACAUAUAUUUUGAUUUGUUUAACACUUUUUUGGUUACUACAUGAUUCCAUAUGUGUUAUUUCAUAGUUUUGAUUUCUUCACUAUUAUUCUACAAUGUAGAAAAUGGUAAAAAUAAAGAAAAACCCUUGAAUGAGUAGGCGUUCUAAAACUUUUGACCGGGUAUGUGUGUGUAUAUAUAUAUAUAUAUAUACACACACACACUGAUAACUCUCCACGUCUCCUCCAUCUCCUCUAACUGAGAGCUCUAAUCUCUCCCCCAGAGCCCUGCCACUGCCUCUCAUUGCUAACGGGGCCCAUCUCUGUCCAUGGGGAUCUCGUUAGCUUGAGCUCUCACUGACUCACAGCUUAUACCGGGCCCAGUUGAGACUGUGAUGAAGCUGCCGCUUGCUAUCACAGACUUUUUAUAGACGUUAGGGUAAUGUAGAUGUUAGUGUAUUGUAUAGGUAGAGUAAGGAGAAGGGAACUUUUUCCCUACUAGGUCAGCAGUUUUAAUGUCUGGAUGAUGCAGUGGAUUGGUAGUCCGCUGUUGGCUAUUGAAGGACUUAUGCAUUAUACGUCAAGCUAUACCCUGAUACCAUUAACUCAUUCUGGCCCAGGCAGCACUGUUCAUACUGUCAGGGGUGGGACACAAGGAUUCUCUAGACCAGGGGUCUCCAAACUUUUCUAGCAUGAGAGUUACUUAAAAGAAUUCAACAUUACGAGGUACUAAGCACACUCUUCUCUUCUCCCCUUCAACUCUUCCCCGGGAGAAAGUAGUGCACUAUGUGUUCUGUCAAUAUACCUGGUCAAAUAAUGGUUACAAAAUAAAACUCUAAAGGGGGGGUCCUAUAAAAUCUAAAAUAAUUCUCCCAAAUUAUGUUUUCUAUUUUCCCAAAUUAUUUUUUCUCAGUUUUAUUUUUCCCGGUUUUAGAUAUGUUUUGCUUUUCACACUGAAAUUACAAUAGUUCAUAGAAAAACAACGAAAUUGGAUGUUCUGAGUCCAUGUCAAUGCUUAAAUCACAUCAGAAGACACUUCUUUUUAAGGAAGAAAACGAACACGUUUAGAUUUUCGAGUGUAAUUCCCCCUUUUAACUGCACAACUAGAGUGAGGAAUGUGCCGGUCUAGCAAUGCUGCUGAUGCUGCUAAUUUCAUAGCAAUGUCUGCAAAUAACUAAUAAUACAUACAAAUGUAUAUACUUACUCAUGAUAUACUUCUGCCAGGUAAGCCUACUUUGCAGUUAACAUUUAAUUGAGAAGGUUUUGGGGGAUGUAUUUCUGUCAAACCUCAUGAUUAUCACUUCAACUGGCUACACACGGAGUGAUCGACAAAUGCACGCACCACACAGACAGACGUGCAAUAUUGGCAGAUAUUGUGUUAGGUUUGGCUUUGUGUGGGAGCUUGCUGUGUCUGAUACUUGUGAGAUUUGUUUAUGAUAGUUUGCAGUGGAACACGUGGAAAAUUGCAUGUACUUUCAGAAUAGUUUGGCGAGGAACUCAUAGGUGGUCUGCGAGCUACUGGUAUCUGGGGAUCAACCUGUUGGAGACCCCUUCCCUAGACAGAUAGUAAAGGGGGCAACAACAACAGUAACUUUGUGGGUUUUCAAUGGAAUGUUGUGCUGAGAAAUGCAAGCCAGUCAUGUCUCAUUCAUGCUAACUCGGUCUCUGACCUUUGACCCCCCCCCCCCCCCCCCCCCCACCCUCCAGGAGAGCAGAGCCGCAACGUGUCGCUGAUGCAGAGGAUGUCGGACAUGUUGUCCCGCUGGUUCGAGGAGGCCAGUGAAGCCCAGGUGGGCCGGGGGACCACGCGCCCUCAGACACGCCCUAGAGGUGAGAUACUGGGACAGGGUAGUGGUUGGCCUGAUGCCACAGAUCUAUGAUCUUAUUUAUUUAUUUGGCCCUUUAUUUCUGGAGCCGGGUUUGCACCAAUGUUUUGUUUGAAGUGGGAAAUUAUAAAAUGGAAUCGAAUGCAAUCGAAUGCAAUGAAUACAAUUCGAUACAACAGAAUAUAACUUUAUGAAAAGACAUGCUUCAGAAAAAUCCCUCAGAAAAUGUAUGACAAAAAAACAUAUUUCAUGCAUCUCCUCCAGGCACUCUUCCUCGCAUAGAGGGGACUUCUACAACCCCCACCAUUCCAACGCUCCCUACAACACCCCCUCCACAAGAAGCCAGAGCCCCAGAGGGCUCCGUGGAAAUGGAGGCCCCUGCCAUCACCACUGUAUCUGUACUCCUUCCCAAGUCCACCUGCUCCUCAGGGUCAUCGUCUACGGUUACAGCACCUCCCCCGUCAACCUCCUCACCCAUGGAGGGCUCGGUGCCUCCCUCAUCCGCCCUCACCUCCUCCCCAGACUCAGAGCAGGGGAGUCAGGCAGACACGGCUGUGACUCCGACGCCAACACCCACCACAGAGGCUGCUCUGUCU